AUGAGGAAGCAGGGAGACAAGCUUGAGAGCUCGUUGGACCCCUCCUCCUUGCUCCCCCGCGUGUCGAACUCGAAGCUGCCGACGCUGGAGAGCAGCAAGCAACUUGAUAGCUACGCGAGUGAGAACAGCAGCUUGAAGCAGAAGGUCGAAGACCUCGAGAAGCAGAUGGCGAGCAUGCGUCAGAGUAGCGAUGAUUCCAAGGCGGUGGAUGUACGAGCAAAGGAGGAGGAGAUUGCUGGUCUCAAGGCUACGCUGGAACAGCGACUGGAUCAGGCGCCACAAUUUCGAGCUUUGAAGCAGAUGCUACAGACGAAGAACGAGGAGAUCAAGCAGCUGCGAGCUAUCUUGACUGCUAAUGGCUGGCAGGAUCCUAACGUGGGGGAGGAAGAGGCUGCAUAG